CCCCGGAAACGGGCGCUCGGACGCCGCCGGCUCUACGGGGAGGGCUGCAGCCCCUCUCGAGCAUCCCUCUCCCCCCCACGCCCACCCCCCGUAUUGGCCGGUGCCCAUAGUCAGCAAGUUAUUCGUCGCCCGCCUCAUUCAGAUUUUUGCAGAAUGGAAACAGACUGUAAUCCCAUGGAGCUGAGCAGUGUGUCAGGAUUUGAAGAAGAUGCAGAGCUUAAUGGCUUUGAAGGAACAGAUAUGAAAGACAUGAGACUGGAAGCUGAAGCAGUUGUAAAUGAUGUUCUCUUUGCUGUUAACACCAUGUUUGUCUCAAAAACCCUGCGCUGUGCAGACGAUGUGGCCUAUAUCAAUGUGGAAACAAGAGAAAGGAAUAGAUACUGCCUGGAGCUCACUGAAGCCGGGCUCAGGGUGGUAGGUUAUGCUUUUGACCAGGUGGACGAUCAUUUACAGACUCCCUACCAUGAAACAGUCUACUCCUUGUUGGAUACACUUAGCCCUGCCUACCGGGAAGCAUUUGGAAAUGCACUCCUUCAAAGACUGGAAGCUUUGAAAAGGGAUGGACAGUCAUGACUAAGUUUUUUCCUAUUAGAGAGGCUGCUGCUGGUACACAAUGUUGACCUAAAGCUUGAAAUUCUUCCAGGUGGUCAUAGUAGAAAAUGCAUCUUUGAUUUUGUGUCUUUAUGAUUUUUUGCUUCACAUUUAGGCUUUUGAUUGAGAACUUUAUUGACUAAUGAAUUGUCUUUCUUAGUUUGUGAUUCAUUAAGGAAAUCCUGAGGCCAUUGCUGUGACACCAUCAUUAAGACAUUCAGAUUUCUUCAUAUAGUAUCUCUGGCAUUCUGAAAACCUAAUCAGUAUUUCAUUCUCUUAUUGCAGGACUUUGAUGCUGCCAGCACUCUCUCUUACAUAGGAAAUUCUAGAUUUGCACAGUAAUAUAGGAAAUAAACUAACUUCAAACUUUGAUUCAGCUUGCUAAAUCAGGGGUUUGCUACUAGCUUGGACUGACUUUGUAGUAAUUAUUUUGCUACUAGCCUUAUUGGAAACAAAUUAUCAACUAGUUUCUCCUGCACAAAUUUUGAAAUUCACUGCUUCAUGUAAUCUAUUUAUAUUAUUAAUAUGGACUGAUAAAGAUGAAUUAAUUCUAUAUUAUGUAGCUAGCAUUACGUGAAGAACAGGUACUGAAAUAGUACUGUAUUCCUGUUUGCAACAGCCAGCCAAGUAAGAGGACAAACCGUUAGCAAAUGAAUGCAACAAUUACUUGCUUCCAAGAUAUUUAAGCACAUAAGCAAAUAUAGGAACAGGCUCCAUUCUUUUCCUAACAAAAAGCAUCUUCAGUGUGUGUGAUUUAAAAGAAAAAAGACUCUGAUUUCCUAGAAAACAAUAUUUUGGCCUGUGUUGAUUCUUAUUAUGAAUGUUUGUUUACAUAAUGUACAGUAUAUAUUCAGAAAGUAUUUUUGCUUCAACGUUUCCUUUCUAUGAUGUAGCGCUUUGGUAUUCCCACAGCACCCCUCCUUCCCCAACAGAUGUACAGUGUUCUGUCUGAAUGCUAAAUCUGCAAUGUCAUAUGAGUGCAUCGUAUGGGUUUGAAACCAAAGGAUGAAUGAAGCAUUCAGAGACUUAAUAUUUGAAAAACGGAGACUCUGUAUUUUAUAUUUUAUUACAGGUACUAAUAUUUAUAAAAAUAAACUAUACCAUGCUGCUACAUGUUUUCAAGUACAUGUUGAAUAAUAAGGAUUGGGGAGUUGUUUUUUUAAUACUAGUCUAAAGCAGCAACUAUAGAAAUAUUGAACUAAAAUUCCACAUCUGGACACACCUUCAUAAUUUGUCAUUUGAAGACUUUUUAAAAUCAUUAUUAAAUAAUAGGUACUUCUAGGCUCUGAAGAUCAUGUAGACCAGAGCAAGUUAAAGUUUGGUUUGGGUCACUCUUCAUUGUCAGAGUUUACUGGAAUGCUUAAAUUAUGUUUGAUAAAUGAACAUUCAUCCUCAGCUUUAUUUUCAGAUGCUGAAGUGUUUGGGUAACGAAGUCUAACUUCAGGUUGAACUUUCUCAUGCUUAAUCUCAGGCUGAAUGUAAAGGAUAUUUGUAAAGUCUGAAUAAAAUUCUGUUUACUAA